UAAAGUCACACCCUGUACAGUCCUACCAGCGCUGACAGCACUGCAGCUGUUUGCAGAGUGACAGCCCGAGCAGCCUGUGCUGAAACGCUCCUACAGCGACAUCAGGGAAGUUUCUCCUUGAAUCGUCCAAUAGCAAAGUAUGAAGAAGGCGGGGCUUGGAAGUGUAGCUACUUUCCCUAGAGUUGUGUAGCUAGCUGGCUAAUUAGUUGAAAAAUAGACAGAAAUAAAAAACAAAGCUGGCUUGCUUGUUAGCUAAAUGUCAUACCGCGCCGCAGAUGUGUCGACAGCUACGACAAAGAGUGGGAUGCGGGAGACCGACUAUACAGCGCUGAAAAUGGGCUUGUUCUUCAUGAACGCCGUUGUCGGUCCCGUCAGCUCGGCGUCAGCGGAGACACUGAUCACGGAGAGUAAGCUGCUGUGCAUCGGGGUGAACAACCAGAGCUACAUCUGUGAAUCAGGCCACUGCUGUGGAGAAUCUCAGUGCUGUAGCUACUACUAUGAGCUGUGGUGGUUCUGGCUGGUCUGGACUGUCAUCAUCAUCCUAAGCUGCUGUUGUGUUUGUCACCAUCGUCGCACCAAGCAUCGACUGCAACAACAGCAACGUCAGCAUGAAAUCAACCUCAUUGCCUACAGAGAGGUCCACAAUUACACCUCACUUCCCUUCUACUUCAGGUUCCUGCCUAGCUACCUCUUACCUGCAUAUGAGGAGGUGGAGAACAGACCCUCAACACCCCCUCCUCCAUAUAGUGCCUCUCAGCCUGGUCAGGGCAGUGAUGCUUUGAGCCCUGAACAGCCGGAUGAGCUUUGCCCAUCGCUGCAGUCCACCUCUACAAACCCUGCAUCAGAGAGCCACUCCAGCGGGGACUGUAUAGAAGAAACUCAUUGCCCUGAUGCGCAUUGUCCAGCAGGAGAUGCCCACAAACCCUACCUAAGCUUUGAAGAAGAUAGUCAACAGCAGCAGGUAGCAUCAGCCACUUCUCCUGAGAUGUCCAAGCAAGGCAGCUGUGGCAAAGAUCCCUCAAAGCCUGCGGAGCAGGGACUGGACAGUUGUCCUGACAACAAGGACAGGACUCCUGGGCGGCAUAGACGCUUUACAGGUGACUCAGGAAUUGAGGUGUGUGUGUGCAACCGUGGACCAGGCGAAGAUGAGGAGGAAGAGGAGGAGAUGAAGGAGCUUGAGGGACUUCUGGACAGAGAGGGGUUAAGGGAGCAGGACUUCUGUGAUAGCUGCAACCCCCGUAGCAAUGGCCCUCAACAGCCAGGGGAUGAGGAGCAGGGCUUUGCUGCCCCCGAGAGGGGCCCUGAGCACAGAGAGCCUCCCUUACAGCGACCCCCCAUCUGCCUCCAUUUGCACACCAUCAAUGAACAGGAGGGUCCUCACCAUGGCAACAAUACAGAUCCCCAAAGCUAAGCACCACCACCUAUAGCAGUGACUAUUUUAAGGACUGCUGUCUCCCUUUACUUUCUCACCAUACUGUUGCUUUGGCCGUUUGUGUUGGAAGUGUGAAUGUUAUGUAGUGUUUGGAGAUAAACGUCAAAAUCCAACAGAGACAUUUUUAGGCAUAUAGGCCGUGGUCAAAGCUGCGGAGAGAAAAUGAUUCACUUGCUAGGCCUAAAAACAAUUGCUUACAAUUUUGAAUGAGGUGCCUGUAGUAGUGAAAUAUUGAUUAAUUAUUUAAAUAUUAUUUCUUCAUGAACCCAGUGAGGGUUAUAGUUAGUUAAGGACAAAAUAUCCAGUGGCAGCCAGUUAAUCUUCCAAUUAGAGCACUCAUAAAAUAUUUAACAUUGGCAGCAAUGUAUUACAUGCUUGUUAAGUAGCUGAACUGACUCCUAGAUGUCAUCUAGCAAGAGGUUGCACUAACACCUUACAAUUUUAUAUUUAUUUCUUUUUUGGCCUCAGUAUAGUGCCCCAGUACAUGAGUCCACCACUCUUGCUAGUAUACUGCUUUGUGGAGAUUUUGAUGUUCUUUUAUUUUGUUAAAUAAAUAGACAGGUAGAUCUACUUUUUUCUCCACAUAUUUAAAGACAUAUAAAUUUCUUGAAAGCUAAAUAGUAAGAAGUCUAACUGGAAUAUUUUUCAGUUAUUUCAGCAAAUGUCGACCUGUUUCAAACAUGGUCUGCAUGUUUAAAACAUUAAACAUAAAUGUAAUCAGAUACACACAAAUUUUCUUUGAGCUUUUCACCCUGUGAUGUAAAUGUAGCCUUCAGUUUCUUUCUUGGCUACUCCUCUCAAAGGGACUAGAUUAUGCACUUCAUAAAUGCAAGAAAAUAGGGUGAGGGCCACCUUGUCACAUCACAUAUGUCCCCAAUAUCAGAGCAGUCUACCAAACAAUAGAAAUCGGGCUACUGUGUAGCCUUUCUGAACAGCGCCCUUUUGCAUUUCACCUCCCUUUUUAAUUGGGAAUGAAAUCUAUCAGAUAUUAUACAUACUGUAUUGGUGCAAAGGUAGACUGUUGUGCUAUGCUUAGCUCAAAGAUGAGGUAAAUCUCCUUUCGUUCAGGAUUUAUUUAAUUGUGCUCUUUAUUUGGCAGGCUUUUCAGUUUUCUUUUUUGUGUGUAUGCAUUUGUAUGUGUUUUGCAUCACAUGGACUCCGCUUUCUAAAAAAAGGAUUAUAUUUGAUAUGUCUGUAAACUCAUAUUGCGUACAGUAAAGUAAAAGUGGAGUUUGGAGUUAAUUAAGCAGGUGCUUCAAGUGAGGACUGCAAAUGUUGUAUAUUGGUGUUUUCUGGUAAUGACACAGCUUGCCUAAUUAGGUGCCUUUGUUGAUUUUCAUAUCUCCCUCUUUCAUAUGCCUUAAUGGAAUAAUUUCAUAAUGGGAUUCCAUUGUAAAUAAGAAUUUAAGGCCAGUAUGGGUGAUGGAUGCUCCUUCUACAGAAUUCUGAUUCAGAUUGUGUGAGGUGCUAAUGGCUGUAAUCUUUUUGUCACAAAGAACUUCUCAGCUUCAUGUAAUUUCUUAUGUUUUUUUUCCAUAUCCCAUUUUCUAACACUGUAUGGAAACAAAAUAAGCUUGUAAAGUUUUAUGGUACCUGUUUGCUAAUGUUAUUACAGAUUUUGUCUGGUUAAUAAGUCAGGUAUGUAUUCAGUUUGAUAAUGAUAAACAUGCUUUUUACAGAGACAGAGUGCUAUAAAGAGCAUUUUGUGCACAAAAAAGGUUGCAAACAAUAAUUCUGUUGCAAUUAGAACUUUUUCAUGACGAGAGAGAAUUCUUUAUGGUUCCAAAUGGUUUGAUUCAUGUUCUCUUCCACAGUGUUCUCAGUGCAUAUGCUUUUGUGUGCUGUUUUCUUUUUAAAUAUGGUAAUGUGGAUCAGCCAGUUUCCGUUCUACUGUGGCAAUACAGACUGCUCAGAGCUGCUCCACUGCAUUCCUACACUGUGGUGCGUAUGUGUGUCUGUUAGUGAGAGGGAUAGAUAGAAAGAGAGAUAGAUAAAGUGAUUUGGAGUUGCUUGUUCGUUGGGGUCAUGUGUUUAUUUGACCUUUGGUGUGAAUUAUCAGUAAGGCUUCCAGCAAUACAGGACGUUUAGAUAGUCCUCAGUUCAAAGGGCACAGAUAGACCAUCAGCCCCAGAGAUAAUGCCAGGCUAGGGUAUCUGUGUAAAUGGAGGAUUCUCUUAAACAAACAGCAGCCACCAGAUACUGUAGAAUCCUGCUUGGGCAGUGUUUGCUGGAAACACUGGUCCUGCAAACAAAUUAAAACUUAGAUCUGCCGCUCAUUAGGACGUUUAAAAUAUUUUGUAUGUACAGCAACUUCAUGCUUGCAGAAGCAUUUGGUGUUGAGUUAUAAGUGCAUUUGUCUGCUUUAGAUAGUUCCUGAAGCUGUACAAUCUGCUUCAAGUAUCUUGAAGUUUGAAGGAAUUGUGCUCUCAAGUUUCUUCUGUAUUUCUAGUGCCAGGUGCUUUCCCUCCUAUUUUGAUGUCUUGAGACCAAAAAAUAUAUAUUGGUUUAAAAGAGAAAUCAGAAUCAUCUUAAAAUAUGAAUGAGAUUAAUUUGUUUUGUUUUGUUUUGUUUUUGUUAUUUUUGCCUGAAUAAGGUGUCAUUGCACUGUUUUAAAUUUGAUGCAGUGAGUUUAUGUGCUUGAAGGUGACGAAAGGCUUUAGGAGCCAGUUGCUUAUCAUGUUUAGCUCUAAUGUGAGGCUUGGUACUAUAUCUUAGUUUUGUAUCUGUAGUUGCAUUUGUUUUUUUUUUUAAAGAAAACUGCGGUUUCUGCUAUGGGUAACAUUUUGUAUAAAGCCUCAGCCAAAUGAACGAGUAUCAAAGAAUGUACAUCAUGAAUAAAAUAACUUUUAAGUAACAGCCAAGUA